AUGGGGGGUACGACGUGGGAAUGCGGAAGGGGGAAUGCGGAAGCUAUCAUGUGGAAGGGGGAAUGCGGAAGCUAUCAUGCGGAAGGGGGAAUGCGGAAGCUAUCAUGCGGAAGGGGGAAUGCGGAAGCUAUCAUGCGGAAGGGGGAAUGCGGAAGCUAUCAUGCGGAAGGGGGAAUGCGGAAGCUAUCAUGGGGAAGGGGGAAUGCGGAAGCUAUCAUGCGGAAGGGGGAAUGCGGAAGCUAUCAUGUGGAAGGGGGAAUGCGGAAGCUAUCAUGCGGAAGGGGGAAUGCGGAAGCUAUCAUGUGGAAGGGGGAAUGCGGAAGCUAUCAUGCGGAAGGGGGAAUGCGGAAGCUAUCAUGCGGAAGGGGGAAUGCGGAAGCUAUCAUGCGGAAGGGGGAAUGCGGAAGGGGGAAUGCGAAAAGGGGAAGGCGGAAGGGGGGAUGCGGAAGGGGGAAGGCGGAAAGGGGAGGGCGGAUGGGGGGAGGCGGAAGGGGGAAGGCGGACGGGGCUAUGCGAAAGGGGGAAUGCGGAAAGGGGUAUGCGGAAGGGGGAAUGCGGAAGGGUGAUUGCGGAAGGCCGCAGGCGGACGGCGGAAGGCGGAAGGGGGAAGGGGGAAGGGGGAAGGCGGAAUGGGGAAGGCGGAACGGGGAGCGCAGAAGGGGGAAGGCGGAAGGGGGAACACGGAAGGGGGAACGCGGAAGGGGGGGCGCGGAAGGGGGCACGCUGAAGGGGGAACGCGGAGGGGGGAACGAGGAAGGGGGAACAAGGAAGGGGGAACACCUCGCCAUGUUGGAGCGCGCUGCGCUGGAUCGAGCGGAAUGUUGGGGCGCGUGCGAGGCUAGAGGACUCCUCUUUUCGCUUCUCCUGGUUCUCCCCCCACCUUCUCCUUCUGAUCGCCAACCCCCCAACUUCGGCUCUAUGCCAGUGCUAACCGAGCUAGAUCCCCUUGCGUACAGGCUCAAUAUUUCAGUUCGUGGUGCACCACCUUUCCUCUGCUGGGCGUUUUUGCGACCUUCUCCUCGCGCAGCUGGGUCUCACACGUCACAAUCUCUUCUGCAAUCUGCUUUCCCCCUCCUUUCUCUCCACAACACAGAUGAUGAGAUGACUCUUGUCGACGCUGACCUACAGCUUGACACCGAAGGGCUACAGCUCAACGAUCUCCCCGACGGCACGCUCCCGAGCGCCCCUGCUAACGAUGACGCUCCCGCCCACAAGAAACUUUGCACCGAAGGUGCUACCAGCGCGUGCGCCCACGGUCCCCCUUCUUCCGCGCUCUACGCACCAAUCUCCCGUGCAACGGCGCACCACGCAUCUACUACCCCACCCGCACCUAUUUCGGCGGCUGCUCCCCUUCCCAGAGGCCCCCCUUUCACACCCGCACAGGCAGCUCCCGCUGCUACCCCGGCUGCCUCCUCGUCUACAGCAGAAUCGUCACGCCCCCUCGCUCCUGCUGCCGCCAGUGGCGAUCUUGGAGAUCAGAUGGAUCAUGAUGACACCCCCGCUAUCCCGCGCUCCCUUCGCCGCCAGCGUGCCGCGAUGGUGACCCGCGUUAUGCCCCGCCGGAGUCUUUCUGUGGUUGAGGUGCUCUUCCCCGAGGCGGGUGCAGAGGCAAUCCGGGCUGAUCUGAUCACGCGCAUUUUGAAGCACCUGCAGCCUUUCCAUUUCCGCUCCAACGACAUACCCAAAUUUCAGCCCUCCUCUGGUGAUGUUCUCCGCAUCCCCAGAUGCGCUUAUGCGCGCCUUUGCUUCUCUUGGACCUCACAGGAUGACGCCGAUGACUUUAAGGAACUCUUCCCGCUCACCCUGCACCUCCCCAAUGCUCGUUCGGUGCUGCUAAAAGCUUUUGUGGACCCUUAUCCACUCUUCACCUCCGCAAAGGCGGGUGGAGCUGCCACCCUCACCCUCCGCAACGUCCCGCCGGGCUACUCCCCGGAAGACCUCCGUACCUACUUGAUGCACCAUGACAUUAACGGCGAGCCUGCCUGGCUUGCCGAUCUUAUUUUUUUCCACCAGGUUAAAGAUACGUACGAGGACAUGUUCCUCCCAAUUUUCACCGGCAUCCCUGUCCCCCUGGAAGAUGACCCCGGGUACCUUCGUCUCCCUGCAAGUAUUGCCUUCGAAGAUGACGCCCCCGAGGUUCUGCUCAACAUCUCCUUGCACGCUUGCUCUAUCUGCGGCAAUAAUCACCGUGUUGCGGAUCACGCACUUUUCCCCACCAGUUCUGCACUGUUUGCACUACAUCUAGCUGCCCAUAUGCUCUUGCAUCUAUCAUACAACCAUCUCCCUACCCCCCUCCCCGCCCCAGUCCUCCCAGUCUUCACUUCUUUGUGCUCUGCUGCUCUCCCUGCCCCGGGCACAUCCAUGUCCCUCCCACCGCUCCUCCAAGUUUGGGGUGGUGCUGCCAAACCAAUGGUGCCGCCCACUCCCCCACCCCGCCCCCACCCUCCCUGCUUUCCCUACCUUCUUCUUCACCCUGCCCUCGGCACCUGUGCCGCACUUACUGCGUUUCGCAACGACCCUGGACUGCUUUUUAUCAGCCUCGACUCAUACAUCGAGCCGUGGACUUGUGCUCUGUGCGACCUGACCUGCGGGGCUGCGCUGGAUUCUGCUCUUGCACACAUCUCCUCCGAGCAGCGCUCAUCCAUGAAACGCAUGGCAGCCCGCACUUGUGCUGCAAAGGAGACAUACACUGGUUGA